CGUUCCGAAGACUCAUUUUAAACCAAGGGCUGGCAAAACUCUAAGUGAAAGAAGAUGGCAUGCAUCAUUCACUCAAGAUGGUCAUUUGGAUAUUGCCAAAGUGCUUAGACGAAUCCAACGGGGGUAAUGGCGCCCAAUUGCUGCUCUUAAGCUAAACUAGAAGAGAUAAGUCUCUUAUAUAUGUUCUCGGCCUUCCUCACUCUCUUGUGUGCUGGGUGGCUGGGUUAUUAAUGUUGCAAACAUUUCUCUGCAUCAGAAAGGGAUUUAGUGGACAAAUGUACCAUAAUCAGUGCCAUGCACUCAUUAAUUGUUGUCCUUUUGAAAAACUACAGUGGGUCCAUGGAAAUUGCCCGCUCAGCCAAUCUUCACUCAACUGUUGAAUUCAUGAUGUCUCUCUUUCCUCACUUACAGUGAUGUUUCCAUCACAAUGGCUUGCAUUUAAGUAUAUCUUGAUAUGGGCACUCCACUUAAACUUGAGUCUCUUUCUCAUAGUUCACUGGUGAAAAGCAAGCAAGAGUUAGUUGAUUGAAGGGCAUACAUCCUUCAAUUAAAGGGGUAGUGUGGGAGUUCUUGUUAGGUUGUUAUGAUCCUAACAGCACGUUUGAAGAACGGAAUCAACUUAAGGAGCAAAGGAGUUUGUCUAAAAUUAUUAUCCAGGCAACAGUUUAAUACAUGGAAAGAUGAAUGUCAAAGGAUGGUUCCAGUUAUUGGUACUGGAAAAUUCAUCACAACACCUCUCAUCGGUGACGAUGGCCAGCCAACAGAUGAUUCUUUGAUAGGCAUACCGCUUUCAGAUAAGAAGGUUCUGCAGUGGGUGCAGACAUUACACCAGAUUGGUCUGGAUGUCGUAAGAACAGAUCGAGCUCUUGUGUUCUAUGAGAGUGAAACUAACCAGGCAAAACUAUGGGAUGUUCUGUCAAUUUAUACCUGGUUGGAUGAUGAUAUUGGCUAUGUGCAAGGAAUGAAUGACAUAUGCUCACCUAUGGUGAUACUUCUUGAAGAUGAAGCAGAUUCCUUUUGGUGCUUUGAGCGUGCUAUGCGAAGGCUGAGAGAGAAUUUCAGGACUAGUGCAAGUUCGAUGGGGGUGCAAUCUCAGUUGAGUACGCUCUCCCAGAUUAUUAAAAUUGUUGAUCCCAAGCUUCACCAACAUCUUGAUGAUUUAGAUGCUGGGGAGUAUCUCUUUGCAUUUCGCAUGCUGAUGGUUCUUUUCCGCAGAGAAUUUUCAUUUGCAGAUGCUCUUUAUCUUUGGGAGUUGAUGUGGGCCAUGGAAUACAACCCAAAUAUAUUUUCAUUAUAUGAAAAGCCAGAGAUUGCCCAAACAAGUGAAAACGCACCUGUAGUAAGUGGCAAGUUGUUGAAGCAAUAUGGCAAAUUUCAGAGGAAGAACUUGAGGACGGGCAAUACUGAGCAGCAAAGUGCACUAGCUGUUUUUCUUGUUGCAAGUGUUCUUGAAGUGAAGAAUAGGCAGAUUUUAAAGGAGGCUAAGGGUGUAGAUGAUGUUGUUAAGAUCUUGGGUGACAUAACAUCAAAUCUUGACGCUAAAAAAGCAUGUACUGAGGCUUUGAAAAUUCAGAAAAAGUACCUGAGCAAGGUAAGUUCCAUUAUUGUCUUUCGUGGUUUUAGAUGCAUGCUUUCUUGUUUGUUUUUAGGAGAAGCAGGGUAGGAUUUAAGUAACUGAAAUGAUUUGAUGGAUCAUAUGUUACCUUCCGAUCUUAAAAUAAACCUUCCUUUGUCUUUUGUUUUUUUGUUCGUGGGGAGAGGUGGGUGUCUAAAACUAUGCUAGUAGCUAGAUAGAGUUGGAAGAUUAGAAGAUUCAGAUCAAAGGCAAUGAAACUAGUAAUCUAUAAUUCGAAACAUGUGUUACUCGUUUACUGCCCUACUUUCUAUAUUCUCAGUCUCAAUGACAUUC